GUCAUCCUCAAAUCAUGCGAAGAAGGUAGAUCGGAGACCAGUCCGGCUUCCUCUACGAAUUUUCCAAAUAUGUCGGGCAAGCGUCUGUUGGACGCCAUCCAAUUGUUCAAUGUCGCCAAGUCCGUCGCUGUGAAGCACCUGGAGGUGCGGCAGCGCCAGCUCGAUCUGUUUACCAGGACUUCGACCCUCACCAAGGGCAUCAAGGGCCAGGCAGAGGGUCUGUGCCUUACCGCACAAGCCGCUGCAGCCUUAGCAAAGCGGUUCAACGAGCCCGAAUCAGCACCACCACCACCACCACCACCACCACCACCGUCGGCAUCCCGAGCACCGAGCCACCCUCCGCCGAGUACCGAGUCGCGCGCCACCAAUCUCACCCCGGAUGAGGCCAGGAAAGCACAACGGCAGGCGGAAUUUCAGAUCCCGUCGUCUGCGGCAGGACACACCGGCUACGGGGCUAGCCCAUUGGACGUUAGCCAACAGCAGGAUGUGUUCUAUCAGCCCUCCAAGGAGACCACCCCCGGGUUGUCCGGCCUACCUAGGGUUAAGCUCCCCAAGACGUCAAGCGACACGCAAACGGGCAUCGACAGCGAUAUCAAUGCGGAUGUGUUCCACUCUCCCGUGAGUGCCGAGGAAUCUGCGUCGUCAAACCAGCCCGCAGAACAACCGGAGGAGAUCUCGGACGAUAUGAUGAAGGAGCUCUUCCACAGCCCGAAGGUUGCGAAGAUGCUGUCUCGGCAAGCUGCGGCGGAUCUGAGAUACAAGGGACGGACUUCGAUGCCUUCUGACGUCAAGCCCCUCCAGCCCAUCGAGAAGGAAAACCUAUCGGCAGAAGAGGCCCAGGCCGUGGAUGACCUGGUUUCCACGGCGGAGCCAGAAACCGCUGCCGCCUUGAAGCAGGAGGACAUCUACACAAUGAUGGAAUCGCGCGUCCCAUCUUCCCGUCUCGGACGGUUAUGGCAGUACGGUGGACUGGCCACCUCCAUGGCAUUUGGCGCCGUUGGCGAGAGUCUGCGCAGAGCUACAGGCAGCCAAACCGAGAGCACCGGGUCCCUCAUGUUCAGCGCCGGAAACAUGGAACGACUCGUCGCCAAACUCUCCAAGAUGCGCGGAGCGGCCCUCAAGCUGGGCCAGAUGCUGAGCAUCCAAGACACCAAAAUGCUCCCCGACUCCAUCCACCAGGUCCUACAGCGAGUGCAAGACCGCGCCGACUACAUGCCCGCCUCCCAACGCGACAAAGUCCUGAUUGACAACCUCGGCCCCAACUGGCGGGAUUUGUUCUCCUCCUUCGACGAGAUUCCCAUGGCCGCCGCCUCCAUCGGCCAAGUCCACAGCGCCGUGCUGAAGAAGACCGGCCAGCCCGUCGCCAUCAAAAUCCAAUACCCCGGCGUCGCCGAUUCCAUCGACUCCGACCUCAACAACCUCUCCAUCCUCCUCACCGCAUCCCGCAUCCUCCCCCGCGGCCUCUACCUCGACAAGACCAUCGCCAACGCCCGCACCGAACUCGCCUGGGAAUGCGACUACCUCCGCGAAGCCCAAUCCGCCACCCACUUCCGCCACCUCCUCGCCGACGACCCCGUCUUCCUCGUCCCCGCCAUCAUCCCCGAAGCCUCGGGCAAACAAGUCCUCACCAUGGAACGCCUCGCCGGCAAAGCCGUCACCAAAAUCCACAACAUCACCCAAGCCCAACGCGACUGGAUCGGCACCCAAAUCAUGCGUCUCUGUCUCCGCGAAAUCACCGAAUUCAAAUACAUGCAAACCGACCCCAACUGGACUAACUUCCUCUACAACCCCUCCACCAACCGUCUCGAACUCCUCGACUUCGGCGCCUCCCGCGAAUACCCCCAGACCUUCAUCACCACCUACAUCCAUACCCUCAUCGCCGCCGCCCGCAACGACCGCGACCGCUGCGCCGCCCUUUCCCGAGACCUCGGCUAUCUCACCGGCCAUGAAUCCCCCGCCAUGGUCGACGCCCACGUCACGUCCGUCACGACCAUCGCGGAACCCUUCAUGGAGUCGUCGCCGGAUGUGUACGACUUUCGGAAUCAGACUAUCACGGAUCGCGUCCGUGGUCUGAUUCCCGUCAUGAUUCGCGAACGAUUGACCCCCCCGCCGGAAGAGACGUAUAGUCUGCAUCGCAAGCUGAGCGGUGCGUUCUUGUUGUGCGCGCGAUUGGGCAGUCGGGUCCCGUGUAAGGAGUUGUUUCGGGAUGCGAUUCGGAGGGCGGAGGUUGCGGGGACGAUUGAGAGGCAGACUUAGGGUGGUGUUACUAGGGGUUUGUCUGUGUGUAUUAUUAUUAUUAUAUGGGGUUAUUGUUAGAUGGGAUGGGGAAGGAUACAUGUCUCCUCUCUUGUUUUGGGUCUGGGGUAUGUAUAUUAGGCUAGAUUGUAUGUAGAGAUCAAUAGUUACAAGAAUUGUGCAGUGGGUAGGUUGUAUUGAAUGGUAUCGUUUGUGGGUGGAUGUAUGAUACAGGCUGGGCUGUAUGGUACGUGAUAUGUCAUGAUAUGAUAUAG